UUGCAGGAUGAUAGCAUCGUGAGGAGAAGGAAGCAGACGGAUUUGGAGAAGCAAAAAUACGAAGAAGAUUAUCUCAUCCGCUUGCAAGUGUCGAAAAAGGAGAGACAUAAGAAAAGACUCGAAAACCGACAGAAUAUCCUGGACGAAUUAUUACAUUUUGGUAAUUAUAUGGCGGUACAAAAUGCCGAAAAUGAUGGUGAACGACGCGCAGGCAAGAAGCGAACAAAAAUGGGCAGGAAAGGAAAGCUCUCCAAAAAGCCACGCCUCGCAACGAAGAACAAAAAGGAAAAGGUUGGGAGAUUUUAA